CUAGAGAUGAUCGGGAAGGUGAAAGAUGCUUGAUAUUGAUCGCUUAGCGCGAAGGCAAAUGUGGGGUACUGACGUGGACUUGAGCUGUCACGUGGAUUGGCCUCGAAAUCGACUUCCAAGUCGUGUCUCGCUUUCAUCACAUCAACACAACCGCGUCAAACAUAUUCUAUCGUCAGCAAUCACCAUUCACCCAGCUCACGGCGGAUAUUGAAAGCGUCGGAGGAUUUUGUGAAGACAAUGACUAGGAACAAACCUGUCAGCAUCCACGACGAGGUCCACUCGUCGUCCUCGAAGGAGCACAACGAAUCUUUGGAUAUCCGAAUCCUUACCCAUAACAUUCGUUAUGCGACGAAUGCUCCCUUCAAGGGCGAAGAACGAUGGCCCAUCCGAUGUCCUCGCCUAUGCUCAGAGCUUGUCUUCAAUUCAAUUCAGCCCAACUCCUUCAUCUGUCUUCAGGAAGUGCUCCACUUGCAGUUGGAGGAUAUUCUCGAGUCUUUGAACAAGUCUUCAAGCCCGGGUAGCCAAUGGGCGUAUAUUGGAGUCGGUCGUGAUGACGGGAAGCAAGCUGGAGAGUAUUCGCCGAUUUUCUACAGGCCUUCAGUGUGGCAUUUGACCCGAUCUGAAACACAGUGGUUGAGUCCAACUCCUCAUGUUCCUUCAAAAGGCUGGGAUGCUUCAAGUAUCAGGAUUGUUACUGUUGGGCAUUUUACACAUGCACAGACAGGACGAAAGAUCAUCGUUCUCAGCACCCAUCUAGACAAUGAUGGAUCUCAAUCUCGACGGGAAAGUGCGAAAAUAAUCCUCGGCGAAAUCCAGACUAUCACGGACACGAAAGAUGUCUCAGCUAUUCUGCUCGCGGGAGACUUUAAUAGCCCUCCAGAUGAUGGGGCCUACCAGAUUAUGACCUCACCAGACUCGAUCAUGGAAGAUAUCGGCGUUAAGAUUCCAGAGGAGAAGAGAUAUGGGAAUGAGAUGACUUUCACAUCAUUUGGAUAUAUCGAUAAUACGGCUACUCGUAUUGAUUUCAUCUUUUCGAGAAAAGAUGACGAAGUCACGUACCGUACAUACGCGGUCUUGGCGAAUCGAUUUGAUGAUGGCGUCUACUCUUCAGACCAUAGAGCUUGUGUUGCGGAUCUUGUUCUGAAAUAGGAACAUAUCCAUCCAUUACACCUUACAGGAGAGGUGACUACAGUACUUGUUAACUGCCUCCAUAUUGGGAGGUUCUCGUCCCUACAGGUUUCGAGCAUGAAGUUCUCAGCCACUAGCAAAUUUUGCGGUAUGAAGCAAUUUAGCUGCUCAUCACUAUCUCAGAG